CAUGAUGGCAGACACGUUUGACCACAGCGUUAUUUCUGUUGGAGAAGUGGAAGGAGUAGCCAAUUUCCAACGUUCUCUUCCAACACGAGAGUCCCUCCGAUGCCCUCGGGGCUCUGUUGUGAGUUUCCACAACAUCCAGUAUUCCGUGAAGCAGUCCAGUGGAUUCCUAUGUAAACGGAAAACUGUGGAAAAGAAGAUCCUUCAUAAUGUUUAUGGCAUUAUGAAGCCAGGCUUGAAUGCUAUCCUGGGGCCAACAGGGAGCGGUAAAUCUUCUCUCCUAGAUGUGCUGGCUGCCAGAAAGGACCCAGCAGGCCUGUCUGGAGAAGUGCUUAUAGAUGGCAUCCCACAACCUCCGAAUUUCAAGUGCAUCUCAGGAUAUGUUGUGCAGGAUGAUGUUGUCAUGGGCACAAUGACAGUGAGGGAGAACCUGCAUUUCUCUGCUGCCCUGCGACUCCCCAGCUCCAUCAGCGUUAAAGAGAAGGAAGAGCGAGUCACCCAGAUAAUCAGCGAGCUGGGAUUAAGCAAAGUGGCUGAUGCUAAGGUAGGAACUGAAUUGAUCCGAGGAGUGUCUGGAGGGGAACGGAAAAGAACCAACAUUGGAAUGGAGCUCAUCACAGAACCACCUGUCCUUUUUCUGGAUGAGCCAACAACCGGCCUUGAUGCCAGCACAGCCAAUGCAGUCCUCAUCCUCUUGAAGAAGCUCUCAAGAAGAGGGCGAACCAUCAUAUUUUCCAUCCAUCAGCCCCGCUAUUCUAUAUUCAAGCUGUUUGACAGUCUGACGUUACUAGCUUUGGGAAAGGUGCUGUACCAUGGUCCUGCAAAGCAGGCCCUGGAGUACUUUAGUUCUAUUGGAUAUGAAUGUGAACCCUUCAACAAUCCAGCUGACUUCUUCCUUGAUAUUAUAAAUGGUGAUUCAACGGCUGUGGCAGCAAGCAAGGAAGAUCCUAGUGAAAAUGGAGUGGCAGAAGAUAACAUGGACAGCAGUGUGGUAGAUGUGCUGCACCAGAAAUAUCUCAACUCCAGCCUGUAUCAGAGCACAAAGGAAGCACUGUCAAAAGUGGAGCGUGGACGGAGAAGUGAGCAGAGAAUAUCCAAGCAGGGGCAUGAGAUUACCUAUGCAAAUGGAUUCCUCACCCAGCUGUACUGGGUGUCUAAGCGUUCCUUGAAAAACCUCAUCAGAAACCCACAGGCCUCCAUUGCACAAAUUGCGGUGACCAUAAUUCUAGCCUUGGUUGUGGGUGCUAUCUUUUUCGGUGUAAAAUUGGAUCGAAGUGGCAUUCAGAAUCGGGUUGGAUCCUUGUUUUUUGUCACCACAAACCAGUGUUUUUCCAGUGUCUCUGCAAUUGAACUGUUCAUCAGAGACAAGAAACUAUUUGUCCAUCAGUACACCAGUGGAUAUUACCGUGUGUCUGCCUACUUCCUGGCCUUGAUGAUAGGAGAUCUACUGCCCAUGAGAACUGCUCCAGCCAUCAUAUUCUCAUGCAUCAGUUACUGGAUGAUUGGAUACCAAGCCGUUGCAGGCCGGUUCUUCUUCUUCAUGCUGACCCUGGUACUGGUAUCCUACACUGCCACAGCCAUGUCUCUGGCUAUCAGUGCUGGGAUGGAUGUGGUGGCUGUGGCCAAUCUGCUUAUCACUAUUUGUUUUGUCCUAAUGCUCAUCUUUUCGGGUCUCUUAGUCAACCUCCCUUCUGUAAUGGGCUGGCUGAACUGGCUCAAGUACUUCAGCAUCCCCCGAUACGGCCUUACUGUNCUUCAAGUGAAUGAGUUCAGAGAUCUCUACUUCUGUGUAACUACCUGGGGGCUGGCAUCACGUAGUAAUACCAGCUUUUGCCCUAUGCUUUUCUGCAGAUGUUCUGGUGAAGCAUACCUGUGCAGCCAAGGAAUCGCACCUACCAACUAUGCAAUGUGGGAAAACAUAGUGGCUCUCUUAUGCAUGACUCUUAUCUUCCUUAUCAUUGCCUAUGGAAAACUCCGGUUUAUGAGAAAGUUCACGUAG